AUGAACGCUCGGAGUGGAAAUAAACAAUCAGAAUGGCUGAUGUUCUUUGUACUGUACCUGGAAGUGGGUUUCACCAGCAGAAUAUACAGUACUGAGAAUGUUCCGAAUCAGCAGCGAGCAUGCGAAUGACUUGUGUAAGCGAGGAAUCGGUAAGAAAGGAAAACCUCCAAGAAUACAGUAUAUGUAUUAGGGGUGUCUUCCUCACAACACACCAAUCAUUGUCACGAAGAAGCGGUUAUGCAGCAUCAAUGAAAUAUUUACUGCCGAGAAAGUAAGUAGCAGGAACUGCAGCGUGUUCCCAUGUUAUUUCAUCGUCUAUAACAAAAAAAAAGCCAACACGUCUUUGUUGUACAGCAUUGUGUGAAGUCAAAUAAUGAGAAGAGAAUAAUGAUGUUUGGACAGGAGUGAAGAAGAAAUGUAGGUUGUAUGGCAGAACCUCCAAGAGAGAAAUUGCAUGGGUUCAUGUUACCUCUAAGUACUGUAUUGGGCAUGCACGGUUUCCAGAAUGUAUCUGAACCUGCGCCAGUGUUGGUCAAGUUUGGUUUUUAAUGGGUUCACACUCGGUAUAGUUCAUUCUUAUUAUAUUCAUACUCGUUUAUCAUAAAACCAAUCACACUCCAGCACUUAAAGUACACUGUAAUAAAUUCACAUUCAUGCGAGCAACGUUCUAGUGACUAGUAAAUUUGAACAUAUCACUCCUGCUGUAUCACAAAGUUUUUAAAGUAACAAGAAUGUUUGACAAAGUUGAACUAUACAGUAUCGUGCGUGCGCAUGUGUGUGUUGAUGCGCAAUUUACUGAAUAAUGUAGUAGUGGUAAUAAUCGUCUCGCCACCAGGUGGGUAAUACAUAUUGUAGCUUUUUCCCGUGUCUUAGGAGUAAAGUGCUGAAUACGUUAAUAAAUGAAUGCUUAACGUCUGUCAGACACGGUGACACGUUUUAACCACGAGUGAACUGCGAGUAGGAAUGGAUAUAUAAGUCAGUGACCGGAUAAAACCCCAACGGACAAAACCCCAGUCUCAUAUAUAAAAUAUAAAAUAAAACACUUUUAAGCUUAGGUUAGGUUAGUGUUGACAAAUGACAACCCCGUUGGGGUUUUGUCAUGGAACCAUAUAAUUCACAGUUAAUGCAUCUGCUAAGUGCCAACAGUUCUAUACGCUACUUGGUCACAGGCUUACCGGUUCACCUAUUCUUUAAUUUCAGUAAGAUUGACAUUAUUUUGAUGUCAGUAACUUCAUACCUGAUUUUGCCAGUCACUAAUAAGGCGAUGGAAAUUUUAUUUUUAAGCUGGUUGGUUUAUUAUGAAGUAAUUUACUGUAAUAUGUUUUCUAAAUCCCAGAAAGCUUUAAGAAGUGAUUAUCCUUCUAAGUAAGGAACAAGUGUCUAGUAUAAAUUAACAGUUUCAGGUGUUUAAUGUAGACACCUGUGAAGUAUAUUUACAGGUACUUUACGUUAUAUAUUUUAGUUUGAUUAUCUUUCUAUUUCACGUUAGUUGUGUUUGUAGUGGACUUUUGUCUACGAAUUUAAAUUUCGUUGUCAUAUUUUACUGGCAUAUCAUUACAUCCUUUACUAAGGUACUGUUCUGCAAAAAUUAUCAGGCUGGUUCUUUUAUCAUUCUUAGGUUAGCUACUUCUUAAUUAGGGUGAAUUGUUUGCAAUGUUAUAUUGCUGAGGUGUCCGACAAAAUGCAAGCAGUUAAAGAUUGAAUCUGGCUAAAUCACGAUAUAUUUAUUUUUUCUUCGAGAAAUUCCUCUAGAGCAUAACUAAACUGUCUGGUAAUAUAAAUGCUUCAUCAGCAGUGGAAAUGAGCUUCUGAAAUUUCUCCUUACUGGACUAGUUGAGCACAUGAGUUAUUCGCCACAAUCGUGAACUUUAAUUUGUUUCAUUACGGCUUGUCCAGGCGUGAUUGAGAAUGACGCUCUCUACAGGUGUAUCACACAAGAGCUGCAGUAGUGUGGGGAGCUGGCUCCCCAAAACACCGUUACUUUUUUUUUUCCGUUGAAUAAUAUAAUCAAUGAUGAGAAACAACUAUGAACCGCCUCUCGCUUCCAAUUAUAUGAAAUUAACUUUUUCCAUCAAUCACGUAAAUACUUAUAUACUGUACAUAUGUAGUACACCUAGUAGCGUUAGUACUACUGUAGGUCCAUGGAUAAUCAUACGGUGGUUAUUGAUUGCUGGGAGUGUACGUAAAGAAGAUGGGCGUUAACAUACUUGCUUUGGAAUCUCAGCACAGUUGAACGGGAUGAUGACUGACUAAUUAGACCACACAAGUAAUAGCGAAUGUUCAGAAAACUAGGUCCAUCGUACCAUAUGUAACCUUCCUUGUGUUGAUACCAAUUACAAUAUGUUCUGAUUACUUGAAAGCUCUUAUAAUUUACGUAUGUAUUUAUUUCCGUACAAACUGGAGUAUAUUUACUUCUAAAUCAAGUGUAGGAAGUCCUCCCGAACUCUUGCACAGGCUAAUGAAGUUGUAACACAACCCCCCAAAUUGAAGGUCCCAGAGUUAAGACACAAAUAUGGUUUCACCUUUAGUAAUUUAAACACUCGGCCUAUUUCACCUGAAGGUUAGACAAGCCACCAAUUUUCACCUCAAGGUGCCAGGGGUUAGUUUAUAUUAUGUUUCGGGAAGAUUAGAUUAGUGUGAGGGUGGUUAAUCUAAAGGGGAAAUAAUCUAGGGGUGUCUAAUCCUCAUGUGAUCCAAAAAAUAUAGACUAGAUGCAAGUUUCAGGUAACAGUAGACUUAAACACCGGUUGGACAUGUAGGCUACCAACUAACUCCCUCACUGCCGGAAGGAGAGCUUCUAUCGCCCGACAACCAUCCAAUCCAGCCUUAAGAAAACACCUCUAAUAUCCACCAUUUCUCUGGGUCGCUUGAUAACUACAUGAUCCUAUAUCUGUGUCUCUUGGUUUUAUACUCUUAAAAUUUCUAAUACCUGUACUGUAAUAUUGUUGCCGGAUGCCUAUGUUUAUUUGUUCAAAGUUUGUGUUCUUGUCACUAGACUUGGUUGUAAAUAUGGACUACACAGUGUUCUCUUCCAACUAAGCUGAUGAAGUAACGUGACUGUCUAGUGAGAAUUGUGUGUGUGUGUCCUUAAGAGCUAGACGGAUGGGCUAGGUAGGACUUGGCUCACUGCAGAGUAUAGUAAAAAGCAAAAGAAAACUUCUGCUUAAAACUUGCACAAAGGAACCCCAAACUGACCAAGGAGUAAUUUCAAGAAUGACAGGAAUGACAUGGUCGUUGAUGAAACACUUUUCCCUGCCGAGGUCCUACAAGAUGAGAACGUUCGCUGACAGUAGAGUGGUACCCGUCAGAGAGCGAGGUGUAUGCUGGAGUAAGACCCGGUUCCUGUUGCUGCUCUUGGCGGGGUUGUCAGUGCUAAACUCUUUCACAGUUGGCCACACGCCAACCCUCGGUGUAGUGGUAGAUAAGUCAUCUCCAGCCCUGGUGGACGUGGCAAAAGUGUUAGUGGAGGAGACCCUGGUGCCUCUGAGCCACACUCUGGGCUUUCAGCUGCUGGAGGUCCUUACUGCCCUGGACAAUACCACGUCGUUCUCCCUCUCAGCUGCUGUGGGAGACGUGCAGGGCUUGGUGGCAUUGGGAGGCUGUGAGCAUGGCAGCGAAGUUUUGGAGGAAAUGAUGAAGAAUUUGCUUGUGCUGAGAAUUCUUCUUGGAGAUUGUGUAGCAGCACCCCGGCACCCAGAGUAUCUUUCUCUCAACACUUCCAAGGGAGGUGCAGGAAAUGAACACUUUCGGGCAGAGCUGCGGCAAUGGGUGGUGUUGCUUACCUCUGGCAGGCAAACUGCAAAAGGCAACAGGCAGAGUGUGACAGCCAGACUAGCCCCCUCACUUCACAACCUCAAAACUUUAUUAUCCUACAACCUCACUCGCCAUCAACCCUUCAGAAAGACGGCAACCCAGUUCUCUGAGCGGGUGGUGAGGGCAGCAGCAGUGGGACAGAGUUAUCUGCAGAAGGUGAAGCAGGAGGCCAGGAAGCUUCUAAACGGUCAUGUCCUCACUGUAGCUAUCAAGCACCGUCCUCCAUAUGUGUGGUUGGUGAAGGAUAAGAGAACCAUUGUCGACUCCAGCGGAAUUCUCAUCGAACUACUCAACAGCUUUGCCAACACAUACAACUUCACGUACAAGCUCAAGCUGCCUGAUGAUGACCAGUGGGGGGCUCUCAAAGAUGGCACUUGGACUGGCAUGGUUGGCGAGGUGUACCGUAAGGAAGUUGAGAUGGCAUUGGGUCCAACAUCGAUCACGGAGGCUAGGGAGAAAGCCAUUGACUUCACAGUGCCUUUCGACUACGAGCCAUGGGACAUCCUCAUCCCGGAGUCUCUUGUCAUUGUUGACCUUACAGCAUACCUCUUCCCAUUCGCUGGCCUGGUGUGGGUGGGCGUGCUGAUGUCCAUGGUGGUGGUGGGCAUGACAGAGUGGUUGCUAGGGCGGGGGAGCCAAGCUAGGGUAUUACUUUAUCCUCGUCGCCAUGCCACCUCCACAUACUCCUUCUUCCACUAUGUUAUGGACACCUUCGGCUGCCUCGUUUCUCAGAGUAACAGACAGCCACAGACGGCAUCAGUGCGGAUGCUGGCUGGAUGGUGGUGGAUUUUCUCCGUAGUGGUUGUGGCUUCCUAUAGCAGUAAACUGAUAUCCUCCCUUACUGUACGUUUUACGGAGCCUCCAGUCAAGUCCUUGCAAGACCUGGUUGAAUCCCGCAAGCUCCUGUGGACUUACCUGAACAACAGUGCCAUGGAAGAGGUCUUCAAGAACUCGGCCCCAGACACAUUGUUUGGGAAAGUUGGUCAGUUGCACAAAGAUAAGCCAGGACUUCUUGUCAAUGGGUUCGAUGAAGGUGUGGCAGCCGUCCGCUCUAAGAAGUUUGCUUAUUUUGAGGACAACUCGUGGCUGGAGUUUGCAGUAGCAGAUGAUCUGGCCACACAUGGGGAGUGUCGGAUGUCUGUGGUUCGCGACCACUUUUUCUCCACUCGCUUUGGGAUAAUCCUGCAGCCGAGCUCCCCUUACAGAGAUGCCUUCAGCCUAGAGAUCCUGUUGAUGAUUCAAUCAGGGUUGAUGAGUGCCUGGAAGAAGGAGUUUUGGCCAGUGACUCAUUGUGUGGUCAAGAAGAAUGCCAAGAAACCCCUCCGGCCACUUAACCUUCUUGAUAUGGUGGGCACCUUCGUCUUGCUGGUUGCUGGGUUUGCUCUGGGUGCCAUUGCUCUCUUUCUGGAGCUGGUUGUUAUGAGAUACCAUGAUGGGUAGAGAACACAGUUGUUGAGAUUUUCACAGUUUAGAGAAUAAAUUAUCCAAACUGCACCCUUUUUGACUACUUUUGCAGGUACAGUACAGUAUAUACCAUUAUUUGCUCACAUCAGUAGUGUCUGUCAAGUGUUCUUCUUGUCCUUAUUCAAGGCUAUUUUGUAUUUAUCAUACAGGCCAUUCCAUCGUAAGGUUCGUUACGUUUUGAGACAACUUAUUCAAGUAAUCCAAGUUGUAUUACUGAAGUAAAAAUAUAUACCUGUACAGUAAUAAAAAAUGGCUCUUAUGACAUAUAUAUUACCAACACUUAGAGUUGCAUCAUGCUGCUAAUUGGAAUGUCCCUGUAUUAUAUGAUUUUAUAUUUAAUAUAAAAGUUACCGUGAGGGUCGUUACAGCUAUGCUAUCCAUCUAGUUAAUCCCACUUGUUUAUUUCAUCUUUUCUGUGAAUUGACUGAUUCAAUCAAGGAGUGCUUAAUAUCAGUAUAAGUCAAUGAAUACGUAAGGUUCAUGACCAUAACCUGGCUAAUUAUAUUAUUCAAUGUAGUUUUGAAAUUACUGAGGAAAAUGUGACUGAGGUUCGUUACAGGAAAACACGAGGGUUGUUACUUUGCACUAACCAUUUCCUUUACAUGAAUUUUAUUUGGGAAUAACUUAUAAAAUACAUCGUAGCACAGUCUAUAAAAAAAAGCAAUGAAAAGAAAAAAGCAAAGAACAAACUGUAAUAUGAGUUUACAACAGAAAGAAAGGAAUGAAGACAAUAUUAAAGUUAUAAUGAAAACUUACAGCUCAGAAGACAUUUUGUCAUAUUUUAUCAUUACUUUAAUAUUGUCACAUACAUUUACAGCAAAGGUCUUCUUUCUUGCACAGAACAUGAUUAUAAAUACAGUGGAAAAAUUAGCAAUGUGAGUGAGGGUGUUACUACUGCAGUGGUAAAUACACCUCCUGCUGAACAUGUAACAAACCUCACAGGUCUUUGUGGGAUAGCAAAUCCCCAGCAAGAACAUUCCAGGGUCAUGUUAGUAUGGUAAUACUGUACUGUAGGACACCUAUUUAUAAUAUAAAAUUAAUUGGAAUUUCUCCAAGCACUGUACUGUAAUAAGUUUUGUAUUGGGAAAAUGACCCGAAAAAUGUGAAGUUCGUUACUUUGGAACUACUGUACUCACAUUUCAAGCACAUGUCGAUGAAAAUCUACACAAGAUAAUUACUGUACACAUUCUAUCAAUGUUUACAACUCAGUGGGAUCCUUGUCAUUUUGUAUAAUUUUAAAAGAGCCUGAACCUCUAGAUAUUUUAGCAAUUGAUGUUAGUAAUGUCCUAUUUUAGGUACUGUAGUUUUAUUUCUUCUGUUACAUGAUGUCAGUUUUGGUUAUAGCUGUUUCUGUGGCUGUGUUAGAGACUUGUUCUUUUCUGAUUUGUAAAAUUCAAUACUUUAGCUUUCAAAACAUAAUUAAUUUGUUAGUUUUGGUUGAUUUUCAGGUGUGGUUUGCAGGUUGACAUUUUCAUGGAAGGAACCAUUAGGUAGAGCUACUAAUCCCUCAAAUUUUUAAGUGGGUUCCACUUGAUUGAUGUAGAUGUGAUGUUACCAUUCCUGAUUUUGGAUAAUACGGUACAGUACAGUACUGUACUGUACAGUGGUGACUUCUUCUAACACCUCUGUGUCACAACUCUUAUCAAAUAUAUUUCACCAUAUGAUAAAAAGUUUACAUUCACAGAUUUAAAUGUCUUGUUUAAUAUAUGUUAAAAAAUAACUAAAAAAUUUUGAUAGCUCUUCAUUUAUGCAUUCACACAUUGUUUAAAUAAAAAGAUUGAUCUGAAA